AUCCGAGCCAAGAAGAAACCUACUCCAGUGAAGUAUGAAGUUGGGGAUCUUGUUUGGGCCAAGUUCAACAGACGCCCAUGGUGGCCAUGCACAAUUUGUCAUGACCCAGUGCUGGACUGUCACUCAAAAAUGAAAGUUUCCAAUCGGAGACCAUACAGAGAGUACUAUGUGGAUGCCUUAGGAGAAGCUUCAGAGAAAACCUGGGUUGCUGGGAAAGCUAUUGUCCUCUUUGAAGGAAGACAUCAGUUUGAAGAGCUGCCUGUCCUUCGGAGAAGAGGAAAACAAAAGGAAAAAGGCUACAAACAUAAGGUUCCUCAAAGAUUUAUGGCUAAAUGGGAAGUCAGUGUUGGACAGGCAGAAGACAUUCUUCUUGGGGGGCCAGAGGAUCAGAAGUGCAGCCAGAACUCCAGCGAGCUGGACAGCGAGAAGGAAGUGCAGUCAGAAUACUAUGCCAAUGGCCCUGGAGCAGAAAGGGACAGGCAGCUGAAUGGCUGUUUUAAAUCCUUGGCGUUUGACUCCAGACACCUGGCCAGUGAAAAAGGAAAAUUGCACAUUAAGCCACACAUGAAAAAGAGCUCUGACAGCAGAAAAAGGACUAGAGUAAAAAAGAGUGGCACAAGAGGGGAAGCAUCUAGGGGAGAAAUCAAAGGAAAAACGCCAGAGAGCAUAGUUAGAAACAUGAUUGUUGGGGACCUACCAGAUAAACACGCGUCUCAUGAACUUCGCCGGAUUGCCAACAGCCUGACUGCAUCCAGUAGCACCAGGGAAAACCAUUUGCUUUCCUCCUUUGGAGAAAGACGUUUUGAAAAGACACCUUUGAAACCGGACUAUGAGAAUCGCAAAAGUGAUGCUCUGAAGAACGCGCUCCAAGGGGAUUUGUUUUCCAGUGCAUCUUUGGAGAGAGAGAAGAGCUCCCUCGGCAUUUUAUGCAGUUCCAAAUUACAAAUACACUAUUCUGCAUCUGAUACUGGUAUUGAGAAAAAGCAACCUGAAUCUGAUUCAUCCUCUUCCCUCUCAGAUGGUGGGAACAGUGAUGUAGAUACCGUGGACCAAAGUUCAGAGAGAGCCUCUAGUGCUCUUGAAGUUAGUGAUUCUUCAGAUAAAGUGGAGAAGGAAUUUCCUGUUAUGUCAAGUGGAAACAUUAAACUUUCCAUGUAUCUUUCUCAGAAGAGCAACAGAAGGGCCAGGAAGAAGUCAUACAGAGAUCACAAACCUUUGGGAAGUUCAGUAACUGGCAGACUUGAUGCUGAAUUUGCAGAUGGGGAGCUUGAAAUAGGCUUCUCUGAUGCUGAGAUGUCGUUGACGGCUCUUGACUGCUCUUCAGAUGUGAGAAAUGACAAUCUUUAAGCAAACAAACACACUACUCCCCAAAGUGUUUCCAAGGACAGCUCCUGGCCUGCUGUUGCAAAUCAAGCAAUCUUAAAACCGAAAAGCAUGAAAUUGCCCCGAAUCAGGAGUAUAAAAUGCAAACAUAAAGAAAAAGUUGCUGGGUUAGAGCCUUCUCUUGCAGAAGAGGAGGGUGGUGUGAAUCGCUGCUCUUCUGAUACCAAAGGUUUCUCUGGCCUUCAGAGAGAUUCUCUUCAGAGAAGUGGAAAAGUUGAUGGUCAAAAACUGUUAAACAACAUCCAUGAGAAACCCAGGGAUUCUGCUGAAAUAGAAACAGCAGUGGUGAAACACGUCUUGUCGGAGCUGAAGGAGCUGUCUUAUCGGUCCAUGAAUGAUGAUGCUAGUGACUCUGGCACUCCAAAGGCCACAGUACCUUUAAUUUUCUCUUCCGCCUCUGGUCAUGGUCGAUUGCCUAUUGAGCCAGAUUACAAGUUCAGCACCUUGUUAAUGAUGUUGAAGGAUAUGCAUGACAGUAAGACAAAAGAGCAGCAACUGAUGACUGGUCAAAAUGUAGUCCCUUUUCGAAAUACCAGCACAGCUGAUGGUUCUGGAAGCAAUUCUGCGAGUGGUCUGAAGUCCUUGUCUAUUGUAGGUCCCCCGUAUAAAAUAGAAAAAAAUGGAGAUUGUGUCCAGGAAACAGUAAAUCCAAACUCCUCUAUAAGCAAGUCCUCAUUUUCACGCAAUCCUCCAACCAAGUUGACGGGGAUUGGUACUAGUAAAAGGGAGUCCGCAAGUACUGCUGUUUCUGGGACAAACGGCACAAAUUGCGUGCCCAAACGCAACUGUUCAAAAUCUAAGCAGUCAUCAAAGCUUGGAGAUAAAACAGUUUCAAACAGAAAGGACUUAAAACCAGGAGGGCCAAUACAUUCAGAGAGGAAGCGCCUUAGAAAACCAAGUAAAAGGCUUCUGGAAUAUGCAGAAGAGUAUGAUCACUUAUUUGCACCCAAGAAAAAAUCAAAGAAGGGCCAGGAGCAAUUGCAAAAGGUGAAUUCUGUGGUGAGGUCUGAAUUUGAAGGAGGUCUUCCUGCACAAUGUAGUCCUGACAGAGAUACCCAGCGGGGGCAGAGUUCUUUGGUUUCAACUCCAUCUUCAACCAAAGAGUCCCCUCCUAUCCUUGAAGCAGAGUGCUCCUUCUCAGAACUAGGAUCCCAUUCCACUGAUCCCACUGAUCAACUUCUAGAAGGACCUUCAGAUUUUCCAGAGCUGGUGCUCUCUUCCUCGGAUGUUUCUGAAGUGUCUGCUUCUCCAGAUGCAGAAGAGAGAUUCCUGAAAUCAGGAAACUUCGAAAGCAAGCGUCAAAGGAAGCCCACUAAAAAGCUCUUGGAAUCCAAUGAUUUGGACACUGCCUUUAUGCCAAAGAAGGAGGAGUGGACUCCCCCAAAGAAGGGCACUGGCCCUUCGGAGAGUGACAGCUCUGAGCUCUACUCACCAGCCCAUUUCUCAGACCUGGGAGAAGCUUCUGAAAAGCUCUUGGAGAAGCAACGGAAGCGGAAGAGACAACGCCAUUCCUCUGCUGCAAUGCAUUCCAAGAAGGAGAGAAAUGAAGAGGGGCUGGGGGAGACCCCACAUUCUGAGGGGGAGACAUCAGUUCAUGGGACUGCUGCAAGCCCCAAAGAGGGUAAUGAAGAGGGGUUAGAGAAUGACCAUGGAGUGCCUUCGUCCAAAAAGAUGCAGGGGGAGCGUGGAGGAGGAGCAGCUCUAAAGGAGAAUGUGUGUCAGAUCUGCGAGAAGCCAGGGGAGUUGUUGCUGUGUGAGGCGCAGUGCUGUGGUGCUUUCCACCUGCAGUGCCUUGGGCUCUCUGAGAUGCCAAAGGGCAAAUUCAUCUGCAACGAGUGUUCCACAGGGGUCCAUACCUGCUUUGUGUGCAAGAGCUGUGGGGAAGAUGUAAAACGGUGCUUGCUGCCCCUCUGUGGGAAGUAUUACCACGAAGCAUGCAUUCAAAAGUAUCCGCCCACGGUCAUGCAGAACAAGGGCUUCCGAUGCUCCCUGCACAUCUGCAUGACUUGUCAUGCUGCUAACCCAGCAAACAUCUCUGCAUCUAAAGGUCGCCUGAUGCGCUGUGUGCGGUGCCCGGUCGCGUACCACUCCAACGACUUCUGCCUCGCCGCCGGCUCCGUGGUCCUCGCCUCCAACAGCAUCAUCUGCCCCAAUCACUUCACUGCGCGGAGGGGCUGCCGCAACCACGAGCAUGUCAACGUCAGCUGGUGCUUUGUCUGCUCGGAAGGGGGCAGCCUUUUAUGCUGUGAGUCGUGCCCGGCUGCGUUUCACCGUGAGUGUCUAAACAUUGAGAUGCCAGAGGGAAGCUGGUAUUGUAAUGAUUGCAAGGCAGGCAAAAAGCCACACUACAAGGAAGUAGUCUGGGUGAAAGUUGGGCGCUACAGGUGGUGGCCAGCUGAGAUUUGCCAUCCUAGGACAAUUCCUGUCAACAUCCAGAAAAUGAAACACGAUAUCGGCGAGUUCCCUGUGCUGUUCUUCGGCUCCAAGGAUUACCUUUGGACCCACCAGGCCCGUGUGUUCCCUUACAUGGAAGGUGAUGUCAGCAGCAAAGACAAGAUGGGGAAGGGCGUGGAUGGCAUAUACAAGAAAGCUCUUCAGGAAGCUGCAGUAAGAUUUGAAGAAUUGAAGGCACAGAAAGAACUGAGACAGCUUCAGGAAGACAAAAAGAACGACAAGAAGCCUCCUCCCUACAAACACAUCAAGGUGAACCGCCCAGUGGGUAAGGUGCAGAUCUUUACUGCAGACCUGUCCGAGAUACCGCGUUGCAACUGCAAACCAACAGAUGAAAACCCCUGUGGCCUGGAUUCGGAAUGCAUCAAUCGCAUGUUGCUCUAUGAAUGCCACCCCCUGGUCUGCCCUGCUGGGGAGCGCUGCCAGAACCAGUGCUUCUCCAAGCGGCAGUAUCCUGAGGUACAAAUUUUCCGCACGCUGGCACGAGGCUGGGGCUUGCAAGCCAAAACAGACAUCAGAAAGGGCGAAUUUGUUAAUGAAUAUGUCGGGGAGCUAAUUGAUGAAGAGGAGUGCAGAGCCCGAAUCCGCUAUGCUCAGGAGCAUGACAUCACCAAUUUCUACAUGUUGACGCUGGAUAAGGAUCGAAUCAUUGAUGCUGGGCCAAAGGGCAAUUACGCUCGGUUCAUGAACCAUUGCUGCCAGCCGAACUGUGAGACUCAGAAAUGGUGUGUGAAUGGCGAUACUCGGGUUGGGCUCUUCGCAAUUGUAAAUAUCAAAGCUGGGACUGAGCUGACUUUCAACUACAAUCUGGAGUGUUUGGGAAAUGGAAAGACCGUUUGUAAAUGUGGAGCCCCAAAUUGCAGUGGCUUCCUAGGAGUACGGCCAAAGAGCCAACCCAACCUCACCGAGGAAAAGUCCAAGAAGCUAAAGAGACGGCCACAGAUGAAGCGCAGGUCGCAGGCGGAGGUGAUGAAGGAGCGAGAAGAUGAGUGUUUCAGCUGUGGGGACGGAGGGCAGCUAGUUUCUUGUAAGAAGCCAGGCUGCCCCAAGGUGUACCACGCGGACUGCCUCAACCUGACCAAGAGACCUGCAGGAAAAUGGGAGUGCCCGUGGCAUCAGUGUGAUAUGUGCGGUAAGGAAGCAGCUUCCUUCUGCGAGAUGUGCCCCAGGUCCUUCUGCAAGCAGCACCGGGAAGGCAUGCUCUUCAUCUCCAAGCUGGAUGGACGUUUAUGCUGCACAGAGCACGAUCCCUGUGGUCCUAACCCUCUAGAGCCGGGUGAAAUCCGUGAGUAUGUGCCUCCCAUAGGAGCACUGGCUGACGGUGAGGACACCCAGCCACCGGAGCAGCCGCCUGCAGACACAGACCUGAGCGUUCCGCCUCUGGACAGCCUACCUCAGGCGCUGAGACUGCCCCCGUCAAAUAAACCCCCCACCACCUUGUCACUGAGGCUGAAGCCAUCCAACAAACCCCCCACCACCCUGUCGCUCCGGCUGCAGCCUUCGGACAAACCUCCCACCACUCUCUCGCUCCGCCUGCAGCCAUCGGACAGGCCCCAGGCUGCCCUGUCCCUAAGGCUGCAGUCAGAGAAGCAACCCAUCAUUGUAGCGCUGAGGCCUCAACAGCCCGACAAACCUCCCACCAACGCGGUGCUGUGGCCACUGGACGAGUCCUGCAGUGAUGCCUCACAGCCUCACCUGCCGAGCAAAUCUCCUCCGGGAACUCCGCAGUCGUUGGACGAGUCGCUUGUUACUGCUGGUGCCCUGCAGCUCCAGCUGUCGGACGAGCCUCCUGCCACCCCUGGGGUUUUGGGGUUAUCGGCCAAGUCUCUCAUUGACACCAGGACCCAGCAGCCUGAGCUAUUGGAUGAGUUCCCAACGAAAUGCCUGCACCCUCAACUGUCAGACAGACUUCUUCCCACGGCGGACCCUGUGGCCGGUCAGCUUCAGCUGUUGGACAAAGCUUCUCCCCAGAGUCCGCAGCUUCGGUCUGUAGAAAAGGCUCCCAGCUCCAUGGUGCCACAGGUCGCAGCAUCAGAGGUGGCUCCUGGUCCUGGGGUGCUGUGGCCUCUGCCAAUUGAAAAGGUCCCCGGCUCCCCGGUCUCACGGAUCCUGCCCACGGAGAAGGCUCCUCGUCCCCUGCCUCCGGAGAAGGCUCCUGCCUUGGGGAUGCCACGGAUCCUGUCCACAGAGAAGGUUUCCAGCUUAGGGGCACCACGAGCCCUGCCUCCAGAGAAGACUCCUGGCUCCCGGUCACUGCAUGUCCUGCCCGUGGAGAAGGCUCUUGGCUCGGGGGCCCUGCGGAUCCCGCUCACGCAGAAGGCGCUCACCCCUGGGGUGCUGCGGCCCCUGCCUCCAGAGAAGGCUGCCGACUCUGGGGCCCUGCGGGUCCUGCUUCCAGAGAAGGCUCUUGGCUCCGGGGUGGCUCGGCCCCAGCUCUUAGAGAGACCCCUCACUCUUACAGCUCCGUGGCCUCAGGCAUCGGACAAGCUGGCUGCUGCUCCCCAAGCCUUGGACAAGCCUCUGGCUGUGUCAGCUCCGAGGCUGUUGCUGUCGGAGAAGGCGCUGCGGCCCGUUGACCAGAACGCGCAGCCGAAGGAGAGAGGAGCCCCAGCCGUGGAGCUGAGUCCCCAGCAGAAAGAGAGGACCCUGUUAGGUGGUGAGCAAAUCUCUUGGUCUGCUGGGAAAGCGGUGACGCAUGUCGGACAGGUACCUUGGCCUGCAGAGAAACUACAGACACAUGAGCAAACCCACUGGCCCACUGCAAGAGCCCUGACGCCUGCAGAGCAGUCUCCCCGGACAGCAGAGAAACUACCAGAGCCGACCCUUCAGCCCAGCUGGGAAGUGGCCUCAGCCCCCGCAGAGCAAACCCCUUGGACAUCAGAGAGAUUACGUGCAUUUGAGCAGACCCCUCGGCCAGCCAGGGAAGCGCCAGCACCCCCAGAGCAAAUGCAGUGGCUUGUCACGAACGUUCAGACAAUUGACCAGAUUUCUUGGCUGAGUGGAAAACCACAGACUCCUCGGGGGCAGGACCCUUUGCCUGAACAAAACACAGUGCUAGCCCGUAACCAGGAUUCUGUCUGUCGUGAGUUGGCUGACUCAGAGCCAAAGUGA